AACCAGGAUCCAGGCUCUGGCGUUUAGAUCCGAGUCGAGAUGAAUCCAAAUCCUAAUGCCUCAAACGUAAAUCGAGCGGCAUACAGGCCGUUCUGCACCAAUCGCAUUUGCAAAAGAAUGACAUGCAUGAUGCUCAGCAGGUCUUGUGCCGAAGAGUAUGACUUGAAUACACCGUCUGCAAAGCUAAACCACCGGCGUUUUCGGGCCUUGCUUAAGAAGCUCAGGAGAAAAAAGAUUCGUCAGAAGGCUGCUCAGGAGAGGGACCGCCUCCUCCUAGUGGAAGAAAAGGUGCCCCUAUCGCCAUGUCAAGAAGAGCAGGAACAGGAAGAACAGGAGAAGCAACGGCAGCAUGAGCUGUGGCUGGAACGGGAGGCGGAGGCACAGCGUGAAUUCAAGCAGCGCUGCCGCCUGGAGGAGGAGCGUGAAACAGUGCUUGCGAACCGGGCUAAGGGAGCCAGAAAAGAGGAGAGCCUGGAGAAAGUGCUGGCACAGCUACCCGUGGCAUCCCCUUCUCUGCCACCGACACCUAGGGAGGAAAGCUGGCACAACCCACCGGCUCCCAGCACGUAUGCACCGGCUGAGCCAUGCCCCUUCUACCUCAAGACGGGUGCCUGCCGCUUCGGUGACUGGUGCUCCCGCGCACACCCACGUCCCGUUGUGAGCCGCACGUUGCUGCUGCGUGGCCUGUACAGCCACCUGUCCCUGGAACAGCACCAUGGCGAUGACAGCCUCGAGACAGACGAGCGUGAGCUGCAGGCACACUUUGAGGCCUUCUUCUGGGAUGUGCUUGAGGAACUACGUCGUGCUGGCACAGUCUGCCAACUGCGCGUGUGCCGAAACCUUGAGCCACAUCUACGCGGAAAUGUCUACGUCCAGUAUUCCAGUGAGGAGGAGGCUCAGCGGGCACUGACCAUGCUCAACGGUCGAUGGUACGCGGGACGCCCGGUCAGCUGUGAGUUCAGCCCUGUCGAUCGUUGGAAAACGGCUGUCUGCGGUUUAUUCUUCCGGCGUGCUUGUCCCAAGGGUCGUGGCUGCAACUUCCUACACGUUUUCCGCAACCCAACAGACGAAUGCUGGCACGAGAGCAGGUCUCCACCACCACAGCGCCAGCAUUCCCACAGCCCUGUGGCCAAGAGGAGAAGACAAUCCAGGUCGCCACACAGAUCACAUAACAGGUCACGUGCCUUGAGAUCUAGGUCAAAAUCCAAGGACCAAAAGAAACGGCGUCGCCACGAAUUGCGUUCCAGGUCAAGAAGCAGGUCAAGGAAAUCACUCACACAAUCUUCCAGGUCAAAGCAUCGUUAGUCAGCCAGAAGUGCAUAAGGUACAGUCACCAUCACACAUAGACUGAGCACACCUCAAGCGCCUUUUCAUUUCUCCUCUGAAGAGUGCUGGAUGUAUAAGGUUUCAGUGGCUUCAGUAUGUUCGCUUAAUGUGUUUGCCUUUGAGAGCAUUCAGUGUUUGUGUUACAAACCUGUGUUUGUUAAAAUUAAGUUGCUAUACAUGUGUCAUCAUUGUUAGAGUAAAGUUUGACGGUGACUGUGCAUACCAUUAAGAAAUUACUGAAACCGAGUACCUCUCCUUGUCAGAGUGAUCACAUUGAUACAAGAAAAAAAAAUACCCCGUACCAAAUGGUGUGCUGAUUUAUGCUUAGUUUUUUUCUAUAUUUAUUGUGAUGAUGACAAACAUUACCAACAGCAGCAGCAUCUGAAAGACGUCAAGUCAAUGCCAUUCAUAAUGUGCUUGAUUUUGUCAGAUUUGGGCAUGGAGGCAUUGAUGCACUUCAAAAGGUUGAGAACAUCCUCAAUAUAGCUUUGAACGACUUGCCUGGCUGCUGUGCCCACUUGUGCAAACACUGCUCGGCGCGCAACUAUCAUAUGGUGGGGUGCUCAAACACUUUUACAAGAGGAGCCUUGAAUGCAAACCAGGUUGGAAAAUCUGCCACGUGGUUUUUAAACCAGAGGUUAGCCUCAUUAGAAAGAUAGAUGAUAUUGUUGAGUUUAGUGGUGUCAUCCCAUCAGUUGUGGAUGCUUACCGUACUGUAAGACGAUAGCCAGUCCUCCGCAUCAUUGUCGUCGGCGCCGCUGAAGACCAUCGGAUACCUCUAGUAAGGCGCCCCAAAGCAGAUGACGGGCGGAGUGGGCGUGGAUGGCAGGGGCUGGUUGCAUUUUCAGGCAUACCACGCCAUAGCGAACAGGUGCAGAGUUCGAGGAUGAAAAUGAGGUUUAUUGUCUGGAACAGGCAACUAGAGCAGUUACGCCUGGCAGUGUCCUGAACCGUAACUUCAGUGUCGUCUUGUGUGAAGCAUUGACGAUGCUGCUGCUGUCAGUGGCAUUCGUGAUCUUCAGUUCAUGGUCUUCAUCUUCUUCAUCACAAUAUUUUUUAUACUCCUGUCAUACUGCAGAGCACAAGAAUAGAAUGAUACCUUAUAUACUGGUACAGAGCUCCGAUGAAAAAAAAAAAAAGAAGAAGAAGAAGACUAGGUAUAUGUGACCCCGCAUUAUGAUAGGAGCCUGCCCAGUUCAACCACAGCAGCGGAUGACUGCAAUAUCUGCAAGAGCUAGAGCUCCUGCAAUCUCUCUGCAUGCCAUCCCCUUCUUAUGGCACAUUCGACUGGUCACUGUUGAGUGCUCCAGAGCACUCUUGUGGUGCAGUUUGCGUUCAGCUGGUCAAAAUCAAGAGCUUGGAACACAAUCGCCUGGCUCAUUCAGGGCACUGUGCUUCAGCUCAGAGUGCUUGUUUUCAUUGCAGUGAGAGGCAAAAUUGGAACAAAUAGAGAGAGGGAGAUCAAAUUUGAUUUUAGAAAUGGCUUUUUGCCCAAGCUGUCGUCUCAAGAGGUAAAUAAAGAUUGCUUGAGUGGUAAGGGCUGGCUACGGCUGAUGGACGAUGCCAGGCUCCUUACACUGAAGUACAUGUAGGCUCAUAGCCGCGUGCUGAUCACUAUCUUAGCUGUCUGGCAAAUUUGCUUUCAGUGAAGCUUUUCAUUUAAAACUGAAUUCCGGAAAAAAAAUCCAGCAGAAUUUUUUCAUUAUUUUUUCACUUCAAUUUAAAACACUGACUUCUACUCGUGAGUCAUAACCCACUGUGCACUUCUGCAACCUUAAACCACAAUAUUCAAAGAAAUGGUUCAUGAAUAUUGGAAAUUUCUAAUAUGAAUUGAAUAGUCUUGGCUAUUUUGUUCAAUAAUGAACUAUUCGAAAUCGUCAAAUAACAGGCAUUUGAACCUCGGGGCAGGAAUACUAAUGCAACUUGGGUACUAGGCGCAAAAACACACACAAUUGUGAUCAACUCGCCAAACAAGACGUCCUUUUAUACUAAUGCAAGUGGAGACUAUUCUUUUACCAGUCUAAUUUAUGUUGCACAAAGCUCAAUGCCCUAAUAAAAGCGAGAUGGUACCCCUGUUUGAAGUUAAUCUACCUCGGUGCAGCUGGCCUGGUGCUAUGGCAUGCCCUGCUUACUUGUUCUGCAACAUUGUUGACAGGUCUCCCAUUGCAUAUGGGGUGUAGACUGCUCAUAUAUCUCCGACACAACAACCAACAAGAAUGGCCCAACCUUGGCAGUGCCAUGUGUUAGCCCACAGUGCAUUCCAAAGAACAAUGUCCAACUCAACUAGUAUCUGAACCAACAAGAACUUGACAAAUGUUAGACUUAAUAUUAUGCUCUUAUCCUGACCUCAUUAUGGAUGUUUCAUGCAUACCUAGUGUAAGCGACCAUCUAGCUCUUUCAUUUAAUGUUGUCUCCUCUGUUAAAGCCAACCGCAAAGACAAAAAAUCUAAUAUAUUGUUACGCAUGAGGAAAACUAAGACUGGUGAAUGUGCUUAUGGUCCCGAGUGGGGGAAAGAAGAAAAGAACGACGCUGAGUUCAUCAACUAGCUGGUUGAUGAACUCAGCGUUGAUGAACUCAACAAUUUCACGCAGGCGACAUGGACCACUUGGGUCUUGGCAGCUCUGCUACCACUCACCGUGAGGCGAGCUACGUUAUAGGUGACUUCCUUGAGUCUGUUAAUAAUAACAAAUGGUCCAUCAUAGGUGGCCAAAAGCUUUUGGCAUAACCCGCAUUUCCGUACUGGAGUCUGCAGCCAGACUAAAUCACCAAGGCAAAAGGUUACCGGAUAGUGGCAAAUGUCGUAGCGUGCUUUUGAUCUGUCCCUCGAUGCCAAAGUACACAAAUGAGCAAUACGACGAGCUUCUUUGGCAAGGCAGAGAGUCUCAGUGACAGUGGAUUUUCGUGGCUACAGAAAGAGAAAACGGUGUUGAUAUUGUACCGGGGUGGCUGUGCGUACAACAGAAAGAAAGGGCUAUAGCCGGUAGUCUUGUGCUUGGCAGUGUUGAAAGCGUCUGUGAUAAAAGGCAGUAAGUCAUCCCAGUUCUUGUGGUCGGAUGAAACAUACAUAGAUAGCAUCUUUACAAUUGUUCAGUUGGUGUGCUCCGUAAACCCAUUCGUUUGUGGAUGGUAUGGUGUCGAGUGACGCAAGUGGGAUUCACACGAAUGAAGCAGCUCCUCUACGACAUCUGCUGUGAAUUGUUGUCCACAGUCACACGAGGCGGACCAUGUCACAGGAUGACAUAUUGCAGCAGGAAUGUUGAAACGUCAGUGGCAGUUGCGGAGGGCACGGCCGCCGUCUCGCAGUAGUGUGUGAGGUAGUCGACACAAGCAACUAUCCAAUGAUGUCCCUUGACUGAUUAGGGAAAAGGGCCCACGAAGUCAAUGCCCACUUGUUGAAAGGCUUGCUUGGAGGCGGUAUCGGCUGCAGGAGGCCAGCUGGAGCAGUAGAAGAGCGUUUGUGGCGCUGACACUGCAUGCCGCUGGCCAAAUACGUCUCAACAGACUGUCGCAUUGCAGGCUAAUAAAAGCAUUCCUGAAUCUGGUAGAGCGUCCUCGCCGAACCUAAAUGGCCAGAUGCAGGGUCGUUGUGCAUAACACUCAGAUUCGCUGCGCGAAGGCUCUUCGGUACUACUUGGAGAAAACGUGCGCCAGUGCUGGAAAAGUUCUUAUACAGGAGCCCAUCACGUACACAGAAAUGGUUUGUUGUCGUUGAGGUGGUUGUAGCGGUGAAGAGCGGUGUUAAUUUAGCGUCGUUUCGCUGUUCGGCUUUGAAACAGUUGAAGUCUGGAAAACGUGGAGACACAGAAGCCAUGAGGUGAUCGAAGUCAUCGGUGUCACAGUCCUGUAGUGCUAAGUGGCAUACGCGAGAGGCAGUCCGCAUCAGUGUGUCGUCGACCGCUCUUAUAAGAGACAGUGAAGCGCGCAAGGGGGCCAUAAGAGUCACGAAGAUUCACAAGCCAACACAAUGAGUGGUGGUCGGUGACCGCUGUAAAGGGGUAUCCAUACAGGUAAGAACAAAACCACUGAACCGCAAAUAUUACCGCGAGGCAUUCUUCUUCCGUGACAGUGUAAUUCUGCUUGGGCCUACUUGAUGAAUGACUUGCAUUUGCGAUCGCAUGUUUGUGGUCACCGUAGCGUUGAACUAGGACGACACCAAUACCUGUGCCACUGGCAUCCAUAUGGAGUUCCGUCAGAGCUGAAGGACUGAAGUGUUGAAGAACCAGUCGUGAUGUCAGCAGAAACUUCAACUGACGAAAAGAAGAGUUGCACUCCGAAGUCCACUCAAAGGGGGUGUCCUUUCGUAGCAGGCAUGUCAGCAGAUACGCGACAUCGGUGAAUUAAUUAAUAAAGCGGCGGAAAUAGGAAGAAAGCCCCAGAAAACUGUGCAGCUCCUUUACAGAGCGCAGUGAACUGAACACUUCAAUGGCUGCUGUUUUCUGGGGAUCAGGGCGGAUGCCAUUCUUAUCGACGAGGUGCUCAAGCACAAGGGUUUGGCGGGCCUCCGAAGUGGCAUUUCUUGGAGUUUAAAACUAGGCCAGCGUUUCUGAUGCAGUUCAGGACAAUAUCCAGACGCGAGUUGUGUUCACUGAAGGUGCGGCCAAAGAUGACGCCGUUGAGGUAGCACAUGCAGAUGUUCCACUUCAAGCCACGCAGAAUAGUGUCCAUAAAUAUCUCAAGAGUUGCCAGAGCAUUGCACAGUCCAAAUGGCAUCACAUUAAAUUCGAAGAGCCCAUCAGGGGUUACAAAGGCAGUCUUCUCCUUGUCCUCGGGAGGCAUCGGAAUGCGCCAAUAGGCGGAUCAUAAAUCUACUGAGGAAAAGUAAGAGGCGGAAUGAAGGCAGUCUAUAGCAUUAUCAAUAGGUGGGAGUGGGUGCACGUCCUUUUUUGUUACUGUAUUCAAAUGGCAGUAGUCGACGCAAUAUCUCCAUGAUCCAUCUUUUUUUUUAACAAGAAUCACUAGAGCUGCCUACAGACUCGCUGACUCUUGUACAACUCCCUUUUUCAUCAUUUCGUGCAUUUGUUCGUUGAUAAUCUGGCACUCUGAUGGUGAAACGCGAUAUGGCUUUUGCAUAAUCCGAUUUGCCGAACUCGUGUUGAUGGUAUGGCGUGUUGGAAAUGCGGAGAUUGCAGGUAUUUUGUCCUGCGCAAAGUCAAACACCGAAACAUACUUUGAAAGCAUACCCACUAACGUUCGGCCACACCCACUAAUGUUUGCUGUUCACUCAUGCUGAGCGAUUUAUUUACUAUUGACAAAAGGGCUGUUUAUGAACUGUGGCCAUCAGGUUCUUCCGGCACAUCUGUAGGUUCAGCCACAGAUAAAGACGCGUGUUCCCUAGCGAAGGCUAAUUUCAUACCGUCUGGCAGUAUAAUGGGCUCCUUAGAACAGUUUAAAGUCCAUAAGCCAGUGCGUCCACCUUUGAUCGACACCACACAAUGUGGCACCAACACAUUCUUCUUCACACAGUUAAUGUGCAUCGGUUCUACGGUAGCAUCGAAGCUGUCGGAAUCGGCACCGCAGCAGACAAUGGGAACACAAACGGUAGAUGAUUCAGGUACGACUGUAUCACCACAAACACACAGUGUAGUUUCGCGAUCUACAGGGUUCUCCAGGAGUCCUGACGGAAUCCUACCUUGCCUGUGCGGCAGUCGACAGUAGCACCACACUGCCGCAAGAAGUCCAUACCGAGAAUAACAUCAUGGGUCGACCGAGGAAUAAUUACAAACUCUGUUGUAAUAACAUGGCCUCCCAAAAACACGUCAGCACUACACACCUCAAUAGGUCCCAAUGGCUCGCCACUCACUCCACAGAACUUCGAAUCUUCGUCCCAAUUAAACAAAACCUUUCACCCUAACACGUGUUUAAAAGAGACACUCAUGACCGAAAUUGUUGUGCCUGUGUCCACCAGAGCCAUCACAUGCACAUUAUCUACAAGAAUGCACACUUUGUUUGUAAGCAUCAACACAGGAGGUAUUUCUGUCAGUAGCAUUUCUCCAUCAACCUCACUUCCAUCGGCUGUGCUAGCUAGUUUUUCGGUAACGAAGGGGACGUGGUGCGACGCAGCGGUGAGGGAAAACGGGGAGCGCAACAUCCUGGUGGGGGUGUCAAACUUCUGUCAGAUGCUGGGGAGUGAUUCCAGGAGCUGCUCAGCCAAUACUCGUCGCCAGAUGAUACAUGUGCUGGCCACGGGUAACCGUGUGGCCAUUCGGAGGGUCGAGAAAACUCUGAGGGCUUGCCAUACCACGUGGUCAUACGCUGGUUGCAAAACCCCAAUAUAUGACCCGGGACACCGCAGGAGUAACACUACGGGAGAGGUCGAACCCUUGGUUCUUCGUUGAUGAACCGGAUAUUAUCAUUUUCCCUCAUGUAGUGGGUUGGUUUGCGGGCUUUCGUUUACGGAUGAAGUGCCACAGCGUAACACCGUGCAGUUUUUAGAUUUAAGAUUAACCUUUCAUGACGGGCAAGCUUGUUGGCAGUAUUUCCCAUGUGCCGAGAAAGGGUUGCUGCCGUAUAAUUCAUGUCAUUCCAAAAUUGUCAAGCGUGGAAUUGCUAUGCUCUUCUUGGAGUCUGCCUUCAGAAAAUCGUGUACAAACACGACGCAGGCCUCAUUCAAUAAAUCAGAUUAAGCGACUUAAAGCAGCAUGUUUCCCUGACUCGGUGACCUCGGUCACCGAAAGCCCGUUACGGAAGGUUCAAAUUCAAAUUCUUUUAUUUUUUCCAUGAAAAUACAAUAAAAGUUAAAGGUACCAGGGAGGAAGAGAGUGCCAGAACCGUAAGACCUGCAGUGAUUUCUUAUGUUCAUAAGGUCUCCCAUAACCUCAAGAAGGUGGCAGGACGGUAUGGUGUACCCAUUGCCUUUUCUGCCCCCGUCAAACUGGCUCGACUCUGUUCGAGAACCACUCGCGAGGAGACCAGUUUGCAAGGCUGUGGCAAGAAACAUGGCACGUCCUACGGGAGAUGCACUACGGGCGUGGUGUAUGAAAUUCCCCUUGAGUGCGGCAAGUCCUACAUAGGACAGACUGGAUGCUGCAUAAAUGAACGAGCCAGGGAACGCAAACUAAAUCUAGUGAAAGAUGGCGUGGCACAUUUGCCAGCGCACUGCAAGGCCUGCAUGUGCAAACCACAUUAUUCUGAGAUUAGGAUUCUUGGCAGAAUUAUAAAUCAAACAGCAUGUGAGCUAAUGGAAGCUUAUUAUAUAAAAAAUAAAAGUUCAAAUUGCAUUAGUGAUACAUCUAUUAUGCUCUACGAAUCGGAAACAAUAUUGUUUGACCGCUCGGUAGCGUAGAUUUGUGAACAGCCUGCGCAUGCGUGUAUGUGUAUAUAUAUUCAUGGGUCACAGCCCAAAUUAAACCAGUUGGAAGUGCCGCACGUGUCUUCCUUUUGGGUGUGUUUUAACUUGAGGCAAAAAACAUGUCUUUUAGCAAGCACCAACUAGGCCAACAAGGCAAACUUCAAUGACAUAAACAUUGAACCACCUAUCUAACUUCUUUGACCUUCUUAAGAAACUUUGAUGAUUGCACGGUAGACAAUAACUGGAUCAUAUUUAGAAACAAAAUACAUGAACUCACUGAUAAGUUUAUUCUGUGGCAUACAAUAUCAUCAAUUUCUAAGGUGCCUUGGUUUAAUUCCCACCUAAAGAAGCUUUGCAUUCGGAAAAAGCUCCUGUACUGCCUCACAAAAGGAUGUACUUUGGUAUUUAGGUAGGAUGCUCUCCAGAACGCGAACAAAGCUUACAUGGCAGCUAAAAAACGUGCUGAAAGUCUAUUUCAAGAACGCACUUUGCCUACAAUACUUACAAAUGAUCCAAAAUUGUUUUGGCACAUUAUUAACCCUUCCAAAGGUAACACAGUAGCCCUAACUGAUUGUAGUGGAUCAACAAUACCCUACGCUGAAUGUCCCCGAAUCCUGAACUAAUAGUAAUUUCAUUCUAUGUCCUGAUCCUGUGCUUCCAACCCUAGAGAGUUACAAUUACCUGGCUAUGAAUAUUGUCAUUGAGCCACUAGGGGUAGGAAAUUUAAUGAAAAAUCUCAAGGUAUUGUCGAGCCCUGGCACAGACCUCGUUGAUGCAAAGUUUUUGAAAAACACUGCUGCUUACUCAUCUUUAAUACUUCCAAAAAUAUUUUAGCAAUCUUUGGACACCCAUCAGCUCCCUGGAGACUGGAAAAUUGGGAAGGUAGGUCCACUUUAUAAGUCCGGUAACAAAAGCUCACCUCAUAACUACCGCCCAAUUUCCCUCACUAGCAUUCCUUGCAAAGUACUUGAACAUAUCUUGUUUUCACAUUUAGGUAAGCACUUAGGUGAUAACUCAAUCUUCACAUGCCCACAGCAUGGUUCUCGCAAAAGUUUGUCCUGUGAAUCACAACGGCUGUUGUUCACUCUCAAUCUUCAUCUUACUCUCGAUAAAAGUUCAUGCGCAGACUGUUUUCUUUGCAAAGGCUUCUGAGAAGGUGUGUCACAAAGUACUCAUUUUUAAGCCUAGUAAACUGAAUCUUGAUCCUAAUGUGUUUGCAUGGCUAGAGCACUUUCUUCUUAGUCGAUCACCGUGCAUAGCAUUCCAUUUAGCCCUGUUGAAUCUGGCAUUCCUCAAGGAUCAGCCCUCUCCUCUGUCUAACUUAUAUUGACAACUUACCCAAUGAAAUUUCUUAUAACACUUUUCUGUUUGCCAAUGAUUGCAUUAUUGUUCGUGAAAUUUUUGACAUUGCUGACACUAACAUCCUGCAAAACGACAUAAAUGCUGUCUGUUAAUGCAACUAAACCCAUGUACAGUCGGGUACAACUUUAGAUAAAAAGGAGGCCCCGUCCAGAUGACCGAAGCAUGACGGACGAUUGCCUCCGCAACUAAAAUAGUCCCGCUCAAACAAAAAACCCUGCUUCUAAAACACGCAAUUCUCGGUAUAAAUAAAGAUUUUUGUAUUUUGAUGA